AUGUUUGAGAGUCAAGGCAUCUUAUGUAGACACAUUCUGUUUAUUAUGAAAGGCAAGUCUAUACGUGAAAUUCCUGAUCCUUAUAUCAUGAAUCAUUGGAGAAAAGACAUUCUGAAGAAAGCUUCAGGCAUAAAUGUUGUUCUGGAUGAUGCUUCUAAGAAUGAUAAGAAGAAGCAAUUGGUGAGUGAUGUGUGGUCCAAGAUUUUCAAUUCUGUGAGUUUAUUUGAGCAAUCUGAGGAUGAUUUAUCUAAGCUUAUUAGGACAUUAUCUUCAUUUGAGGAGCAGAUGCUAACAAAGAAUAAUCUUGAAAAUGCAACUAGUUCAAAAGAGGUGAAAGAUGCAGAUAUUCAGGUUUUGGUUGGGUCAAAUGAAGUAGAUGUAAACAUCUUGCCUCCAAAUCAGUGUCUUAAUAAAGGUUCUGCCAGAAUUUCAAAGAGCGAUUGA